AUGCCGCCCCUUCGAUCGACCAUCUCCAGCCACAAUAGGAGGCUCCCUUCUAAACCACUCCCGCCGACCAGGGGGGUCUCAGCGACAGGAGCAGGGACUGGUGUCCGCCCGAGGCUGUCACCUCCGCCCUUCUCGUCACCUCCUCCUCGAUCGCUUGUACCUCCUCGACGGCCGACAGGACAAACACACAUGCUAACGACAGAAGCACCCGCUCCUACCCAGUCCAAGACCGAGAGGCGGAUUACCCCCUGUGUCGAGUUUGCCAACAGACUGCUGAACCUGCUGUCUGUGCCGAAUGAUAUACCUGCCGCGGAAGGGCUUACUGAGGAGAUUACUGAACAUAUUGACAAGCUUCAUUUGCUUUGCCAACGGCCUCAGCCCUCCUCCUCUGCGCAGCAUCAGCAGCAGCAGCACUCGCCCGAAGAAAUUGACAUUGAUGGUGUUGGUGUCAGGCUGUGGAAUUUAUGCACGAGAUUAUGGCGGGACUGCAACGACCCGAUCAACCCGCCUGAGGCCCCCAAUACUCGGCUGAGGAAACUUGCGCUCUAUGGCAAGGCGCUGGGGUUUUGGCUGGUGGUGUUUGCCCGCUCGGCCAGGAACAAGAGGAAGAGGAGGAGUGAUCUGGUGGAUGUGAUCAAACUCGGUUUGAAGAUAACAAGGGACUUGGUGGGGACGAAGGAGACGAAGCUGUCGGGGAAUGCGCUGCAGAUUGUGGCCGAUCACAAAACUCAUUUGCAAGAUUUGGGACGGGAAGGCUGGAUGGAGGAAGAGGUUAGUGAGGCGAAUUGUUUGGAGGUGGAGUACUUCAUCUGGAGGACGGCGCUGGCGUGGGUGGAGGGGAGGUUGGAUGUUGCCGAGCAUAUGUACAGCAGUGCUGAGCGCCUGAGGGGGUUUCUCACGAGGGAUUAUACCGAGAGGUUGGCGGAUGUGCUGUAUGAGAUUGGGAAGAGUCUGAGCGGGAAGGAGGACUAUAAGAUCGCGGUCAAGUGGUUGGAGAGGGCGAAUGAGGUGGUGAAUAGUGUGGGUGUUGAGCAGCUUACGAGGGAGGGGGUGGAGCUGAGGUUGGCGAUUUUGCAGGCGUUGAUUACUGCGUUGCUGGGGACGGGAACGGAGGAGAAUUAUGAGAAGGCGAAGAAUUAUGUUGAUUUUGUGGAGGUGGAGAUGGGGAAUAAGAUGGUGGUUUGUUUGUUGAAGUUGGAGGUGAUGUAUAAGACGCCUAAUGCGGAGGUGUUUGAUGAGGAGGGGUAUGCAGAUGUGUUGAGGCAUUUGAUUAGGAACUUUGAUGGGAAGAAGGGGAUGGGGUCGGGGGCGGAGUUCAAGUUGGUUGUGCAUCAUGUGAGGAGGUUGCAUGAUAAGGCUCCUGGGGCGGGGUGUGCGGUGAUGGAUGAUUUUAUUUUGGUGUUGAGGACAUUGGGGGGAACUGGUGGGCAAGAGUUUAUGGAGAAGGCGUUGGUGACGAGGAUGUGGAUGAUGACGCAGCAGAGGGAUUCGAUGGAGACGGUGAGGAGGUUGGGCGAGUUGUUUGGGAAUGUUGCGAGGGCUGUGAGCGCUGAGGCGGCGGUUGCUGCGCAGGCGUUGUCGUAUACUCAGGGGGAAUACGCGCUCGCCGAGGCUUGGUGUCAGUUGGCGUUGGCGCCCAUCUUUGAGAAGGGCGGUCCUGGGAAUAAUGCAAAGCUGGAAAGCAUGGAGACGGCAACAAGAGUCAUCAACGACAUGUCGGCUACGAGCUGGAAGGAGCCCAUGACCGCAUAUCUUGCCUUCAAAGUCGCCAUACGGACUGAAGACCGAGUAUUGGCUGGAAAAUGUCUCGAAACUAUCAGUCAGACACCUGAACAUGUCGACUUUCUGGGGGCUUGUAUUGCAGAGUCCCAGAAGGCUGGGGACGUCAUCUGUGCUAUUGCCGCUCUCAAGAAGCUGCAGGAUCGAUAUGAGUACAAGGAACCGAAUCCGACACAUUUGCCGGCGUUGUUCAGGUGUACCAUUCGACUAUUGAACAUGCUCGUUGAUAGGGCAGACGCUGGUGAAAACGGGGUUGUUGAAGACCUUUGCGAUAUGUUUGAUGCUGGUGAGCUACCCCUGAAUGCCCAUACUGGCAGCCCCCUGACCGAUCAAACAGUCGUUGUCGCCCUCGAAAAGCAGAAGAAAGAGAAUCCAAGACGUAAGCUGUUUACGGUUGACGAACUCGAGUGGUUCAGCCGCAACUCUUAUAACCUCGCUCUGAAGAACACAACAACGUGGGACCUACGGUACAUAGUCAGAAUGCUCACCUCUUGCGUCCAUAUCACCGGCCACUUUCCGCCUGACAUGGGAGGGUCUCAGCUUGUUGAGAUGGGUUUGAAGAUGCUCUUUUCCCGGUUCAUCAUUUCCUCGGCGUUGGUCUCCCAAGCACGGGCGGAAGACAAUGUCACGAAGCAACUAGAAUAUUACACUGCCAUGCGAGAACAUGUUUUGGCAUUCGAUACCGACCUUCCAGAGCUUUUGCCACGGCUAGACGAACACUCGAGGGAUGACAUGCUAAGGAAACACGCCACGCUGCUGACAUUUGACUUUGAAGCCGCGGUAGUGCUGGAAGCGUGGGAUGAUUUGGGUGGGAUUGUGCAAAGAGCAGUCGGCUGCAAAAGUGUGACGGCUUUUCAGGCUAUGGCGGAUAGUUUGCUCCGAGCGAGAGCUCCAGGGCAAGUUCUGUACUCAACCAUGCGAAGACUUGUCAAUGAGAUUUGGGCGCUCGAGGCGUUUGACGCGGUGAAAUUGGCAAAGUAUACGAGGUGUUUGUUCCAGGCUACGUUGCCGGUGGAUGACGGGUUGGCGAUGAGGCUGCUGGAGGAGGCGUGCGGGAAGGCGAGGGAGUUAAGGGAGAGCGAGGCUGGCUGGCCGGAGGAGGAACUGGAGUGGAUGGCUGCUACGGCGUUUAAUCACGGGAUUGAUUGUUUUGCUGCUGGGGAGACGGAGAGGGCGAGGGGGUCGGGGGAGGGGGCGGUGAAGCUGGCGGGGUUUUGUAGGGAUGGGGGUGGGUUAGAGGGGGUUUUGAGGGGGAAGUUGGGGAGGUUGGAGUUGGGCUAG